AUGCCAACAGGCGGCACAAGCUCUCUAGGAGGGAGUUCCGCGGGGUCAAAUUUAGGAUCUCCAAGCGUUGCAAAGGUACAAAAUGUAAUGCAAAUCGAAGAUUUCGACCCGACUUGGAAACGGUGGCUUCAAUGUCUAGAAGGUUCGUUCAAAGUUUUUAAAAUAACGGCCAGGGAUGAAAAAGUGGCUUAUUUGCUGCACUACAUUGGAGUAGAAGCUUUUGGAAUAUUGUAUGAUCGUUUAGAUCCGGACGACCCGUAUACUAAAUCAUUCGAGGAUUUAUGCAAAAAAUUGGAAGAAUUCUAUGCGCCGGAACCUUUAGAAAUUGCGGAAAUAUUCACUUUUCGCAAACGUAUGCAAAAGGACGGAGAGUCGGCGCAGGAAUAUAUGGCAGCGUUGCAAAAACUUUCGUUGCACUGCAAAUUUGGCAAUUAUUUAAAAACGGAACUGAGAAAUCAAUUCGUUUUUGGAAUUAAAUUCCCGCGGAUUCAAGCCAGACUGUUGGAAACAGUCGAUUUGAUGGAUUUAGCCCUCAAAAUUGCCUGCUCCAUGGAAAAAGCGGAUCAAGGAAUUCAUCAGCUGAAAGAAGAUCAAGGGACAGGACCUUUAGUGGCAGUCGAUUUCAUUGGAGCUGGAGUCAAGAGUAAGAAGAAGUUGAGUGAAAAGGAACGUAAGAAAGCAGGGCAGCCUAUCUUGAAACUAGAAGCGAAGAAGACGUGGUCGUCGAAAGACUCUGGAAGCGUUAGGCAUAAUAGAAACAAUGUUAAAUUAGAUAAAAUUGUAUGUUACAGGUGCUGUAAAAAUCACUUGGCACCCUCUUGUUCUCUUCCUCGGAGUACAAAGUGCUUAGAAUGUAGCGGUCUGGGCCACUUGAGAAAAGUUUGUAAGAAGAAAGCACAAACUAAUAUGAGGAUAUCGCUGCAGUAG